AUGUCUUCCACCGCACCACACCUCUGCUUCCGCUCCUUCGUCGAGGCCCUCAAGCAGGACAACGACCUCGUCGAGAUCAACGAGCCCAUUGACCCGAACCUCGAAGCCGCCGCAAUCACCCGUCUCGUCUGCGAGAAUGACGAAAAGGCGCCCUUGUUCAACAACCUGAUCGGGGCUAAGGAUGGCUUCUUCCGCAUCCUUGGUGCACCGGCAUCACUCCGCAAGGGUUCGAAGGAACGAUAUGGCCGCCUAGCUCGCCAUCUGGCUCUGCCUCCUACUGCAAGCAUGAGGGAGAUCUUGGAUAAGAUGCUGGAAGCCGAUCAGCUGCCUCCACUCCCACCGAGCAUUGUCCCAACCGGACCGUGCAAGGAGAAUACCCUCGUGGGUGACGAGAUCGAUCUCACAAAGUUGCCUGCGCCCAUGAUUCACAAGUCAGAUGGCGGUGCUUAUAUCCAAACUUUUGGCAUGCACAUCGUGCAAUCCCCUGACGGCAAGUGGACAAACUGGUCCAUCGCCCGCGCCAUGGUCCACGACAAAAACCACCUGACCGGCCUCGUCAUCGAGCCCCAGCACCUCUGGCAGAUCCACCAAAUGUGGAAGAAAGAGGGCCGUGAUGUCCCUUGGGCUCUGGCCUUUGGUGUACCCCCGGCCGCCAUCAUGGCGUCCAGCAUGCCGAUUCCCGAUGGCGUGACUGAGGCCGAGUAUGUUGGCGCCAUGGUUGGCGAGCCCAUCGAGCUGACAAAAUGCGACACGAACGAUAUCUAUGUGCCCGCAAACUCGGAGAUUGUCUUUGAGGGCACGCUGUCAAUCACAGAGACUGGACCGGAGGGACCAUUUGGUGAGAUGCACGGCUAUAUCUUCCCCGGCGACGCACACAUCUGCCCCAAAUACAAAGUCAACAAGAUCACCUACCGCAACAACGCCAUCCUCCCAAUGAGCUCGUGCGGCAAACUAACCGAUGAAACCCACACAAUGAUCGGCGCCCUCGCCGCCGCCGAAAUCGGCAAGCUGUGCAAAAAAGCCGGCCUGCCCGUCCUGGACGCCUUCUCCCCCUUCAUCUCCCAAGUAACAUGGGUAGCGCUGCGCAUCGACACAUCGAAACUCCCAGCCCUGAAAACAAGCUCCAAAGACCUCUGCCAGAAAAUCGGCGAUCUAAUCUUCAACCACAAGGCAGGCUACACGAUCCACCGCCUCGUUCUCGUCGGCGAGGACAUCGACGUCUACGAUGAUAAAGCUGUCAUGUGGGCGUUUAGCACGAGAUGCAAGCCCGGCGUCGACGAGGUCUUCUUCGACGAUGUACGGGCGUUCCCGCUGAUCCCGUAUAAUGGGCAUGGUGGGAAGGCGGAUGGGCGGUCGCCGGUUCGAGGGGGGAAGGUUGUGUCUGAUGCGCUCUUGGAGGUUGAGUAUACAACUGGGAAGAGGAAUUGGGAGGCUGCGGAUUUUAGGGAGUCGUAUGGUGAGGAUGUUAAGGGGAAGGUUCUUGCGAAGUGGGAGGGGUUGGGGUUUGAUAGGUUGCAGUAG